AUGGAAAAAACAUACCUUUCACACAGCAAAAAAACAAACAAAGAACAAUGCGUAAAACCAUGUAAAAGUACAGAGGUGCCCAUAAUCUCAAGUCUAAACGAGAAUAUAUACAACCGUACUAAAAAAAGGUGCUAUCUAGAUAUGUCUGCUAAGAAAAGAGCUAGAAAAACGGUAAAAAAAAGCGUAUCAUUCUCUGAUGACACAACACUAACUACGCAUCAUAACCGUGAGAAAAAGAAUGUGGAUCAUGAUCGUCCGCCUGUAUAUGUGAGAAAAACCCCCCUGAUGACAUUUCCAUACCAUUUUAUAGCGCUGCUUUAUUACUACAUAUUCUUAUCAUCCAACUUUAAUACGGUGAAAUUAUUGGGCUUUCUAAUUCCUACACAAGUUGCCUAUUUAAUUCUGCAAUUCAAUAAAUGCACAGUUUAUGGUAAUAAAAUUAUCAAAAUCAAUUACUCAUUGACCUUAAUAUGCCUAGGUGUUACAUUUUUGUUGAGUUUUCCGGCGAUGUUAUUGACCAUCUUAUUUGGUGCACCAUUGAUGGACUUGACGUGGGAAACUUGGCUAUUGUCUCUGCAUUUUGCAUUUUUAGCGUACCCUGCAGUUUAUUCUGUAUUUAAUUGUGAUUUCAAGGUCGGAUUAUGGAAGAAGUAUUUCAUCUUUAUAGUUGUAGGUGGUUGGAUUAGUUGUGUUGUAAUUCCUUUAGACUGGGAUAGAGAUUGGCAGAAUUGGCCAAUUCCAAUUGUUGUUGGAGGGUAUUUGGGCGCUUUAGUUGGCUAUACCAUUGGUGCUUACAUAUAA